GGUGCGCAAGCGUGAAAUAGCAGACGGCUUUUUCCCGCGAAAUUCGGAAUUUCUGUCAGCUUCGAAUCGUUCUGAGAUUCUGUCAGGGAAGCGCCAACCUUGGACUGAGAGGUUUGGUCAGGCCUUGUGUUGGUUCUCUGGUGGUCUCCAUUCAGCCUAGGCGAUGUUUUCCGGCUACAGACGCGCAGUGCAGACACAUGGGUUAUUUCCCGAACAACUUUCCACCCCGUCCAGACAGACUGAACAACGGCGGGCUGUUGUCAGUCGCGAAGGUUCCUCAGAAUGUCGUCUGCAGGCGCAGGAAAACGCCGCCCAUUCUGAAGUAAAAGGACUUCCCAGAAGAUCCAUCAUGACCAGUUUCGAUUCCGAUGCAAUGAUGUGUGACCAAGAUGAUUUCUACCGCGAGCCGUAUCCGUCCGAAGACUUUGACUCUUCGUUUUUUGCCAACUCUGAGAUGAGCAUCUGGGACAUGGAGGGACAGUCUGAAGAGUGGGACAAGACGGCGGGCCCGUCUCCUCUGGUGGCAAGCAAGCAAGAGACCCCGAUCCUGACACGUCCCCUGGUCCCACAUGUGGGGAAAUCACUGCUCAGCAAGCGGAGCCGGACUCCAGAGAGGCCCCCACACCCAGCUCCUUGUCCUCUGGCAAAGAGGAUGAAGAAACCAAGUCUUAUUGUCAAAACGACCGAGAUGGAUGCUUUCUUCAGGCUGAUAGAUGAUGACCUGAUUCAAGACUUCCUUUGGAUGGACAGAUGUUGCAGGAUAGCAGACAAGUACUUGUUGGCCAUGGUGUUUGCCUACUUCAAGAGAGUUGGAUACUCUGUGCAGCAGUACAACAGGAUGAACUUUUUUGUGUCUCUCUACCUGGCCAAUGACAUGGAAGAGGAUGAAGAUGACAUGAAGUAUGAGAUCUUCCCCUGGGCCCUUGGUGUGGACUGGAGGAGCCGGUACCCACGUUUCCUGAGGAGGAGAGACCAUCUGUGGGAGGCCAUGCACUACAGGGCAGCUGUCAGCAGGAAGUGCUGCGAGGAGAUCAUGCUGAUUGCUCCAUGGCACAACAUCUGGCAGCGUCUGCGCUCUGACAACCAUGCAGGGGCAACACGACACUACCCAAAAGAUGAACAUGAUUAUGAACCAAGGGGACCAGGCUAUGAGCCAAUAUACUGUGCCCCUUGUCAGGGUGCAGUGGGAGACAUUGACAGCAGCAGUGACGGCUAUGAGUCUGACAGCCAAGCCAGUACCUACCUGUACCUGUCAGAGACCUCAGAGUCAUCACAGGAGGAUCCCUCCCUCUCCAUCGCUCCAGAAGACUGGUCCAGCUUCAACAUGCAAGGUCUGAAGAAGACACUACAGACAGACCCUGUGCCUGUUGGAGAUGAUGCUGACUCCAUCUGGGCCAGUAAGGAAGAGUGAUUGGAUUGUGGCUCAAGUUAGUAACAUGGCUUAUGCCUCAGCUGUGAGAGGGAUUCUUU